AUGGCGUCUGCUUCGCCUAUGGAGACCUUCCCGUCCGGCUCUACCGGCUCUCAUAGCGGAAGCGCUUCUCCUCGACAACCCGUAACCCCGAAACAUGUCCAAUUCGAGCUCCUUUUCCCCGAAUCUCCUCAAUACCGCGCAAGACUUCCCUUGCGCGUUCAAAUCUACCCUCAUGAUGACACGGAGUCAAUAAUAUCUACCGUGAAGAAUUUCUAUGGUCUCUACCAUGGUGGGAAGGGUGUGAGUUUCGAGGACGAUCGAGGUAACACUCUCAUUGCGAGAUAUGAGAACUUCAGCAACAACAUGAUUGUAUACGUGAGAGUUAUUGAGGAGUCACCUCCACCGGCGGGGGCAUUUGCUCCGAAUGCCUUUCAGCCAGGGCCAAUUGAUUAUGCGGCCCAAUUAGGGCACCAUCUUUCGAGACCUGCGUCGAGGACUUCCCGCAAGCGCAGUCCAUCCCCCAAUGGAGGUCGUGGCAGGCGUAGCGCGUCUGCUAGCACGAACCCUACGGCUGGGAAGAAGGGUCGCUCGCGCUCUACUAAAAAUCGUAGCGCGAAUUAUGAUAAUCGCAGCGAUAGCAUCAACGGCUAUGAUAGCGGGGAUGGCGCUCCCGCGUCUGUGUCUAGCAAGGCAAAGGAACAGAUCGGAAACACCGAUAUCAGCGUUGAGAAUAUCGUAGAAGGUGGUCGCCGGAAGCGCGCUAAGUUUGAGAGCUCGGAGCUACCGCUCUUCGCGCCACCUCAGAUGCCCGCUGCUACCUCUAAUCCCUCCGUCUCUCCUGUCCGUCGCGUUGAGCAUCAGCGACCGGCAUUUCCGUUCGCGCAUCCCGGACAGAAUGCCUUCACAAAUGCUCGUGCUCUUCAAUCUCCGCAGAGUUAUAGCAAUGGGUAUGGUCAGGCUGGCAUGUUUGCGACGCCGGUGAACGACUCGCGGCGCCAUCGCAAUAGCGGUAGCAUCAGCUAUCCAGGAACUGGUAGUAAUAUUCUGCCGACCCCUGACCCGACCAUUGGAAGUUGUGUAUCCGAAGAGGAUAAGGAUGUCGCGAUCCAACUUAUGAGAUUAGGUGAAAUGUCCAACAUUUCCCAUGGGCGGACUUCCGCGUCAACUUUAGACGAUACGUUCAGCGGUAGGGCUGAACUUGCUUCGUCGACGGGUGCUACAAGUGACGCCGAUAGUGAUAGCGAAAAUGAGCUACCCCCCUCUCGUCGCCAGAAGCUUGACUUCGCCGGAGCCAAUCGCAAGGUCUACCAAACAACUCACAGUCACUUCAUACCCUCGCGCGAAAGCAUCGAUGCUAGUGGCGACGACGCUGACUAUGAGGAUGGCGUUGAAGAUGGUCCUCUCAGCGCGCCUAAGUCGCACGACUCGAAGCUCAAGGCCCAGCAACCCGGAAAGCCACAAGCACCGAGUGCGAAGACCUCCAAGGCCAAAGCUCCCAAGGCUCCCAAGCUUGCCAAGACGAAAAAGACCAGUGUUGCUGCUAGUCUUAUUGGCCCAAUGUCGCCCGCGUCUCUGCCAAACCAGUCGCGCAAGCCUUCUAUCGCCUCGACUACGAUGGCGCCGGGGCAGUCAGGCGAGGAUGACCAGCCUGACCUAUCUACUAAGCCGCGCUGUCAGCGAUGCCGCAAGAGUAAGAAGGGGUGCGACCGGCAGCGACCCUGCGGUCGAUGUCGCGACGCUGGUCUCAGCGCCGACCAAUGUAUCAGUGAAGACGAAGGGAACGGUAGAAAGGGUCGGUAUGGUCGCCACAUGGGCGUUCCCAUCAAGACGGCUGAUAUCCCCGGUCCUCCUACUCUCCUCCCUGCCGCUCCUAUCGCGGCCCCCGCAGUAGCAGGUGACAAGAACAAAAAGCGAAAGCGGUAG